UUCUGACGUCUUCCUCUUGUCAACAGCUGGUCACAAAGUUAACUUGCAGCUCUUGACCACUAACCCUGCUGAUAAACGAGGUAUGUAGGAAACGUGUCGCCCUGAUGAAACGUUGUAGUCAUGAUGGAAGGACGGUGUGCUGCUGAGCCUUGGGCUGAGUUCGGCCUUUUAGGAAAAUCUGGAACACCGCUGGUCAAGUGUGGAACUGGGACGGAUGUUUUCAUCUGUAUUGGUGGUGAGGAGGUUUAUGUCUUCACUGCGCCGGAGAAAACACUCAGGGCGGUUCUUCAGAUGCCUGCUGCUGUGAGGGAUCUGGCUGUCAGCCAUGAUGAGCAGCUCCUGUUUGUGGCAUGCUGGAGUGGAGUUUACUGUGUCAAAGUCCAGCUGCUGGUACCCAGUUCCUCCCAUGAUACAGGUUCUGGUCCCACUGAGUUGAAGAUCUCUACCGAGUGUCUCGUUGCCGUCGCAGACAGAGUGUCGUCCCUCCUGGUCGUUGGUUCUGUGCUCCUGACCCUUUGCCGGACCGACUCGUCCUGGUCACUGACUCUGUAUCAAACCCAGCAGGCGUCUCAGUCCGACCCCUGCGACCUGCUCGCCUCCUUCUCUCUGCCGCUGGUCUCGCCUUCCGUUCAAGGCGACACAGAAUCCAGAUGUGUGCUGGUGUGUGUGUAUCCCGGCGACGUGUCGCCCGCCUCCUCCCGUCUUCGUCCGUCUCUUUCCCACUUCCCUCUCCAGCCUCUCCUCUUCAGGCUUCUGUUUGGGGCGGAAGCGGCGCUCUCCAAAUCGCCGGUUGUGCUCUGCGGCCUGCCAGACGGACGCUUGUCCUUCCUCCCUCUGCGCAUCCCGGGAUCCAGGCUCCGGAUCCUCCACAGCCUCGAGCAGCCGGUCGUGUUUAUCGGAGCAUCUGCUGUCAUGGAAGCCAAUGCAGGUUGCGCGGGGUGUUUGAUAGCUCUGGGCAAACAAGGCAGAGCCGUUCUGAUCGGGGCUGGUGGGGCCGGGUCAGAGGGAGACGGCGGCGCCAGGUUUACCCUGGGCUGCGUCCCAGGUCCAGUCGAGUGCGCCUGUAUGGAUCAGAGCCGUGUUUACUACAGCACCGGCUCAGACCUGCUAACGGUGGAUCUGUGGAACAGUUCUUCUGGGACAGCAGGAAGACAGGAGGGCGAGGAGGACGAGGGGUCCCGGUCCAACCCCGCUGCCCUCCUCACACCCGUCAGUUUAAACGUGAGCGGAGUCACGGCUUUGCAUCAGCCUACAUGCAGCUCUGCAGGUGAAGUUCAGCUGCUCAGCCUGUCGGUCAGAGGGCGGCUGCAGUCCAUCCGUCUCCCUGUUAGGACACAGGAGGACGGUUUGUCCAAGCGUCCCUCCUCCCAGGUUGGACGCAGUGUCGGGGACAUCCUGUCUGCCAUUGGGGACGUUUGUGAAAGAGCAUCAGCGCUGAAAACCAUCAUCAGAUCCAAGAAUCAGAUCCUGAAGGAGCUGAAUCAGGUGAUGAACAUCAGCUUCCUGCUGUCGAACCGUUCAGAGUUUGACUCGAAGCCAGUCAGGUGUCGUGGUUUGGUACGGUGGAGCAGCCUGCUUCAGAGAGACUCCCUGAACAUGACAUGCGUCCUGGAGAACUUGAGUCCUUUCGUCCUGGAGCGAGGCUGGACGCUGAGCGUCACUGUCCGUCCUCUGUCCUGUCCUCUAGAAGCAGGAGGGAACGCCUCGUCUGUGAACUACUCCUUCCCGUUCGGCGGUCUCGGCCCGGGGGAGUCGGUGGAGGUGUCUCUGCCGGUCGCGGCGGAGGGCGACGCCUCCUUCCCCGUUACCGUGACCUGCUCUCUCCUGUUCUCCCUCUGGAAGUUCCUGGGACAGGAGGAGGCGGCGGCCCCUCUGGACUCGCAGAGGGCCUGUUUCAGUUUGCCAUUAAACACCCUGACGGUGGACUGGCUGCAUGCCCUGCGGCUCGGCGACCUGCCGGCUCCACCCCGGUCCAGCAGCAACCCGGCAGACCUCAUCCAGGGUUUUAUAAGCUCACGGCAGCUCCGGUGCAGAGGAGGAGGCCAGGCGUCCAGACCGGAGGAGUAUUCUGCUAGAGUCCGCGUGUCGUCAGAGUUACUGAGGGACGCGCUGGGGUUGACCCCUGGAGGCCCCCAUGUCUCUUUGCUUGAGUGGCUGUUGUCUGAAGGCUGUGGUGGAGUGAAGGCGGAGCGCAAAGGAAUCAAGACUGACGGGGGCAGUUCAGUGAUCUGUGGCAGUGCGCCAAAUAACGCCGCAGUCAAACUGACUGCUGAAGAGGUAAACAUAGAGGAGAAGACGGAACCCCUGGUCACCAUGGAGGUUCAGGUGAAGAGCUCGUCAGUUGCGGCCGUGUGCGGCCUGCACCACGCCGUGCUGCAUCGGAUUCAGACUCUGCUGCAGAAGGCUGGUUCCUCCAGAACAGUUCCCAUUGCAGAUCUGAGGCUCGCGCUACAGCAAGCUGAGGUGGAGCGAGGUCAGGUCUGGGAGGCCAGCAGUGUGGGCGUGUCCUCUGGGCAGAUGCAGACCCUCCUCCUGCGUGUUUACCAGCAGCUCAGAGACGGCCCUCUGCUCAUGCUCUGACACCCACUCAGCCGACCUUCGACCCCUCGCUGCCUUCUCCAACCUGAGGAUGAGGAUGAUGAUGAAGCUGCCUAAUUAUCUUCUCGUGUUGCAGAGGAUUCGGGCCCUGGCUGUAAAGUUGGGAUCACAAAGUAUUCCUACCCUUUGAACUGCUUUGACUUUUAGAACCACAGAGUCAAUAUAUUUUAUUGGAUUUUAGGUGUCAUAUCGAUGCAAAGUGAAGCAUAAUCUGGAAGAAAAAUGAGAAGCUGAUUCCUGUUUUUACUAUUAUUAUUAUUAUUGAGAAAAGACUGAAAAGUGUGGUGUGCCUUUAUAUUUUUCUACCAGCUUUUUACACCUAGAGAUGGAAACUUUUCUUCUUUUUUUUGCUAAAAAGUCAGAUUUUAGCAAAAAAAAAAUCUAUUAAAUUAAUUGGCAAAUUGAUUUAAGUCUGGUCUUUGACUAGGCCAUUCCAACACCUGAAUAUGCUUUGAUCGUUCCGUCUCUGGGUGAAUGUCUGGUCGGUCUAUUGGAAGGUGAACCUCCACCAAAGUCUCAUCUCCUCUGCAGCCUUCAGCAGGUUUUCCUCAGCCACUGAUUUCAUUUAGGGGUAUCAGAGUAAAGGAAGCUGAAUCUGAAUGCCACAGAGGAUUUGGUCAAAAUAAGACAUAAAAAGCCAAUGCUUAUUUUUCCUCCCUCUCCACAGUUACAGUAUGUCAUACUUUCUGUUGGGGUUUCGUAUAAACUAAAGUUUAAGUAAAAAAAAACUGUAAAAAGUAAAAAGUUUUUGUAAAGCAAUCUAGAUUAAAUACAUUUUUAUGAACUCCACUUUCAUGGUUUUUAGCAUGGCUCACUUACGGUCUUUUAGUUUGAAUUGUUUUGGUUGUUAGGUUUUAAAAGUCAGCUGAGUUUUGUGGGACUCUGUGAUCAAACUCUCUUCCUGAGUUGUAUAUUGUGAAGAGAGAGAAAGGAAUAAAUCCUGUCUAAUUUAUGUGUGGUUGGUUGAUCUGUAGUCUCUUGGAACUGGAGGAAGUGGGCAGAUGAGAUGAUUCUUCCUCUGAAGGAAGGUUUGGUUCUGAAUGCUGACGGGUCCACACCAUAAAUGUUGAGAGCAGAAACAUGUAAUUUCCAGGUUAUCUGAGCAGCAAAAGGAGAACAUGAAUAGAACCGGGUUACCUGUUGAAAGUGAAACCCUCUGUGUCGCAGUGAGGUUCAGUUGUGUAAAUGAAAGUUGUAUUAUUUUUUGACUUUCUCACUAGCUGCGCUUUUAUUGGCCACUUGGUAAUUGUGCAAUUUGACAUUUCGAACAUAAGUUAGCUUGAUGGAAACACGGCGGUUUCAAAAACCUUCUUGUUGUUUGAUUAGAAAGUUUUGGCGACAGGAUGAGGUUGGGUUUUCUUUUGGCCGCAUUGAAUUGGUUUAUUUCGCCAAACUGCAAUGGAAACACUUUUUAUCGCGUCACAUGAUGCACAAGCAGACGUUACUACUAGCGCAAACCACGAAGAAGACGACAGGAAGUUGUCGGAGGAUAAUCACGUCUGAUUUGAAUUGUGUUUCAUAUUUAAUGUAAACGGCAAAAUUGUGUGUGUGUGUGUGUUGGGGGGGAUAAUAUUAGUGGAAUAUUAACAAAGUUUUGAGAGCAUUUGUAAAGAAAACGUGGCUAGUGAUGCAUUUUAAACUCUACAAUUAUAAAUUUGUCCUGGACUUUCUCUAAUCGGGUCAGAAUCUGGGUGGUAUGAUAAAGGAUGAAAAUUCUUUAACUUCACCGUGAAAUAAAAGCCUAUAAAGACAUGUGGAAUCGACAGUGGAGGUUAUUAAUAUGACCCAAACCUCAGCCUUAUUAAAAAUGGAUGAACUGGAUGUAAAAGCUGGUUCUUUGCCAGGAAGCAAACCGAUUUUAAAUGUGAACUACCAUUUCCACUAAGUACAGUGAUAAAAUAUUCAAAGUUCUCCCGGAAGCUUGCUGUGGGAUACAAUAAGUGGGCUUUCUCAGCAACAAUUUUUUGAAACUUUGAAAUUACAGAAGCUCUUCCUUUCAUAGAUUCUUGUUCUGAAAAAACAUUCAGGUUUGUAAUGAUCACACCAGGCUGAAAUACAUUACUUAAUCCCUAAAUUA